AUGGAUUUUUCGUCUCCCUCUCGCGCCUUGCUGUCGCUGGACCGACGCCGUCCUGCGUUGCCCGAGGAUAUCCUGGCCAUUUCGAAACCCAUGUUUACCGGAUUGACCAAAUUGACAACCUCCUCCAAGUCUCUAGAUGGCCAAGUGACGCAAGAAUUAACCCAACAAUACCUCGAUGGGGUCGACCAAUUGCUCACCAAACCCGACCUUCGCUGGGAAGCCUUGGCGGUGGGAGUCUAUUGUGGAACGGGAUUGUUGGAGGCGCAGACAAACACCCCAGCGUCUGCACAAGACAAGAGCACCAGCAAUACGACAGUCUAUACGGAUGGACCUCGCGUCCCUUCCUCCACUCCGUCUCAUCCUGCCGUGGCCAACAUGCCCUCCAUUCCGUCGCCUCCCACCAAACCGGUCAAAUUGACCAAGGAACAGACACUCCAACUUGCCACUACUCUGCACAACAUUUCAUUGGCGCAUUUGGAGCAUUCUGAACCACGAAUUCGAACGUUGGUGGCCAAGGCAGUCGGAGCUCAUGCGGCCUAUUUGGUUUCCUGCAAUGCAGACGACGAUAAAGAGAGUGCCAACCUAUUGAAACAACAAUGUGCCGUGUUGCAUCAACGUGUCGCAUCGAGUAUUGAAGAACACAUGCAGCAAGGACGAGAAGUUCCCGUAGAGAACGUCGAGAAAUCGACGAACGACGACAAUGCACCCAAGACCGCCGUGUUGGAUGAUACCACUGGUUGGAGAGCCCUCGAGACGAAUUGGCAAUGCCUCGCUUGCUUUGUCCAACCACUCGGGAACCUCUACUUUGAACUGUUUCCCCUGGGAAUCUUGUUGGAUCAAUGCGAAUCCUCGGCUAUAGAACACGUCAAUCGACACGUUCGUGCCGCGGCCAUGUUGGUGCUGGAACAAUGGGUGCGGGCGGCGGCACAGGCGGACAAGGAAAGUCCCAUUCAUGCAGCCCUCUGCAAGACAUUGACCAAGGUUCUCAAGGAAGGAUUAGGCGACAAUUGGUCUCAAGUCCGAAUGGCCGCCAGUGUCUUGUGUCGUGCCUUUUUCCGAGAAUAUCUCAUUCAUCAUCCCAUGGAAAAUCCCAAACCCAUGUACGCGGUCGUCAUCCCGCGCAUGUGCUUGAAUCGAUUCUACUUGGCACAAGGAGUCAAACUCUAUUCCCAUGACACCUGGCGACAAGUCUUUAGUGAAAAUGGAUUGGAAUUGGUCGCCGAGAAUGUCGGGGCGGUGUGUAGGUACUACGUCAAGAUGUGCGAUGCCAACAAUCAUGUCGUUCGCGAAGCAGCCUGUCAAGCCGUGGCGGAACUGGCUGUCAAAUUGUCCCAACGCUAUCCCGAACAGUUGCAGCCAUACGUGUCCAUGUUGUUGCAGGCCCUCUUGAUGUGUUUUCAUGACGAAUCGUGGCCGGUCCGUGAUGAAGCUUGUCUGGCAUGUGGGAUCUUUUGCAAGGCGUAUCCUGAAGAAUGCCGGGAAGAAUUGAAAACGUUAUGGGACCGAUGGACCGAACAACUGACAGAUCAAAUCUGGUCCGUCCGCGAGGAUGCAGCGGCAGCGUUGGGAGAUGCCAUGCAAGCGUACGGCAAGGAAAUGGUGGACAAAUGUGUGGCCCUGGUCAAAAAGUUGAUGCCCAGUGCCAAGGACCAACCUGCAAUGACCAUGGAUGAAUACAAACAAAAGCAAAACGAUAUUGAAAGCCACACGGAUGCUCAGUUGUACAGUUGUGGCAGUUUGGCGCCCAAACUGGGCAAGAAGAGUGGUGCUGGUCGCAUUGGUUGCUCAUCGUGUGAUGUCAACAGGCCGAAAUCACCUUGGGAAGCCACAGAUGGUUGUAUCUACCUGCUUCGUGAAUUGGUGCUUCUAGGAAGUGGAGAAGAAGGCACAAACCCAGAAUUGGCCUUGCCGGAUGAUCAGUUACUGCCUUUCUGCAGAGAACUGGCGGAUGUGUGCCGUGUCCAGCAUUUUCCCCAAGGCGACGACCUAAGGGCAACACUCUGGAGACAGCUUCCAACCAUGGCACGUUGUUUGGGCAAGCAACGGUUCAAACGAUUGUACCUGGACAUUUUCACGGACCUCUUAAUGUCCAAUUUGGAACGUAGCACUGCUUCGGCCCUGUCCAAGCACGCUGCAGGUCAAUGCGCCGAAGAACUGGCACAGUUGGUUGGGUAUCCCAUCUUUCGCGGUCGAUUGGACGAUUACCAACAGGCUACGUUUGACAAGGCAAUGCGAGAAAGGCAACACAAUGCUCCCAAGGGCCCAAUGGAUGGGGGAGCCUUUAGUCCUUUUGGUCCUCCUGGAAUGAUGGACCCAUUCAUGAUGAACCCUCCUGGUGGCCGUGGUUCUCCCAAUUCUGCCACGGGUGUCCGUUCCUAG